GGAGGCGGGAGCUCAGGACCGGCGCCUUCUCCUUGCUUCUUGGGGUCGUGGCCUUGCUCCCGCUGUGCAAGGCGAGAGUCCGGGCGCGUCCACGCGCGUGUGUGCGCGUGGGACCUUUAGAGUUCGUGGGUCCGCGCUACGUCUCUCUGGUGGCAGAAGCAGAAGCUAUGGGCGGGACGGCUAGCACUCGUCGGGUCACCUUCGAGGCGGAUGAGAAUGAGAACAUCACCGUGGUGAAGGGCAUCCGGCUUUCGGAAAAUGUGAUUGAUCGUAUGAAGGAAACCUCUCCAUCUGGCCCGAAGUCUCAGCGGUAUUCUGGUGCUUACGGUGCCUCAGUUUCUGAGGAAGAAUUGAAAAGAAGAGUGGCUGAGGAACUGGCAUUGGAGCAGGCCAAGAAGGAAUCUGAAAAUCAGAAACGACUAAAGCAAGACAAAGAACUGGACCGAGAGAAGGCUUUUGCCAACGAGCAGUUAACCAGAGCCAUUCUUCGCGAGAGGAUAGCAAAUGAGGAGGAGCGGGCUAAGGCUAAGCACCUGGCUAAGCAGCUGGAAGAAAAAGAUCGGGUGAUAAAGAAGCAGGAUGCAUUCUACAAAGAGCAGCUGGCUAGACUGGAGGAGAGGAGCUCAGAGUUCUACAAAGUCACCACUGAGCAGUACCAGAAAGCCGCUGAAGAGGUGGAAGCAAAGUUCAAGCGGUAUGAAUGCCAUCCCGUCUGUGCCGACCUGCAGGCCCAGAUUCUCCAGUGUUACCGCCAGAACACCCAGCAGACCCUCAGCUGCUCCGCUCUGGCCAGCGAGUACAUGCGCUGUGUCAAUCAGGCCAAACAGAGCAUGCUUGAGAAGGGAGGAUAAAAUCAACUUUUAGAACAAGCAAAAUUCCCUCAACGUUAAUUCCAGAGGUGGAACAUUUUUUUUCCUAGUAAGAAAGUAACCCAUUUAAAGAGAAGACCGUUAAAGAGAAGCAUCAGAGAGCAGAUUCAUCAGAAGCAUAUCACAGUUUGAUCAGCAACAGUUUGAAAAGCCAAGGCCUCCGUCAGGGAUGAGCCAUCAAGGACAUGCUGCAGUGUUAAUAAACCUCAUUUAUGAUGAUUAAAAAGAAAGGCCGCCCUCCCCACCUUCUGUGCUUUCUAUUCAACUUCCUCUCCUAACCAAGCCCCAUCAUUUGGUGACCCUUCCGUCCCACUAAGCUGGGGGUUGGCGUCGAGGGCUAAGGUCUUUGGAGUGGGGAAAACCUUCCAUUUCAGGCCAGUGGCACCAGGCGGAGUUGGCUAGGCUGGGGCAUGGUGGGGUGCUCUUUUUCUUUUUUCCUUUGACUAUGUAAGAGCUCCUUUAUUUUAACUCGUGGUGAUCAUGUAAGAAGACAAAAGGCGAGAAAAUGUACCUCUCUUACUGGAAUAAUGUUUCUGGUUAAAAGUGAAGUAAGGCAUUUUUUUAUCAAUAUGAAGGCAACUUGGCUUCCCCCACCCUCUCCUCUGUCAUGAAUACUGACAUCUUCACCCACCAUCAAUAAUAAAUCUAUUUUCUGAUGAAGACCGGC